ACCACCGGAUUAUGUUGUGAUUGAUUGUUUGCUUGUUGGUUUAGACCAUCGUCCUUUUGGUUAUACACAUCAUGAGGUUUGUUUAUGCUAAGUGCACAAAUCUGCAAGAGAUAAAGCUAAUGCAUCACACAUUUCAUAUCCACAUGAAUGCCAAUCAUGUCAGAAUAAACGUGAAGUUGCCUAUAUUCAGUGAUCUUGUCUGUAACUGCAGGCGAGAUCUUCAGCAGAGAUGGAGCCACGGUGAACUGCUUGGCAGUUUUAUCAGUAUAAGUAGCAUCCUUAUUGUUCAUCCAUAAUUCAGAAAAAGUAGAACCCGCUUAAGGAACUCUGCAAAUAAUGGAGAAAGUAGCUGUUUUGCAAAAGACUCUGCCUGCUCCGUUUGUUGGAAUAGCAGUGUUCGUGAUCAAAGGAAAGAAGGUGCUCAUUGGGCGUCGCCUCUCCUCUGUCGGUCACAACACUUUUUUUGUUCCAGGCGGUCAUCUUGAGUUCGGGGAAAGUUUUGAGCAAUGUGCUGUGAGAGAGGUGAGGGAAGAAACCGGACUAGAUGUGGAGAACAUAGAGUUUCUGGAAGUGGGAAACAGUGUGAUACUAAAUGAACCCGAACCAGCACAUAUCGUUUGCAUAUUCAUGCGCGGAGCUCUGGUAGAUGGUGACCAAGUCCCUGAGAAUGUGGAACCAGACAAGUGUGAUGGUUGGGAAUGGUGUGACUGGGAAAACCUUCCCAGGCCUCUCUUUAGCCCCCUUGAGGAUUAUGUGCAGAGUGGUGCUAAUCCCUUCUCCAUUGCUUAAAUUCAAUGAGUAAUAACAUCUCAAACAGCAUUUGAAGAUUUCAAAUCUCUAGCUCAAUCAUGUGAUCUUAUAGUAUGAGUCAAAUUACUUCUCCCACGGUCUAUUACUAAACCAUUUCGAUCCCCCUUUGACUGUACAAGAAUAUGUGAAGCUCAGCAUGUCUCUGGAAUUACACCGGAACGUUUUUUUCU